UUCGAACUGGUAGUGCAGUGACUGAGUGGCCUUUAGCCACUGUGGACAGUCUAGCUGGCUCCAGCUUACGCAAUAGAAAAUAUAGAUGAACGUUAACAACUUUUGAAAGGCCUAUGGUCAGUGACGGAUUUUAAGAGGGGCUCGGGAAUUGGAGGCUAACAUUUCGGUCGUUUAGAGAUUCAAAAGCACAAAAGUUUUGAGUGAGGAUAAACUUUUCAUGGAGAAGUAGAACGGUGUAAAGGUUCUUGGCGGGCGGAACAAAAUUUCAAUUCGCUUGUAACGACGACAACAAACGACAGCGCCAUCUAACAUCUGUUCGGUGGUCAGGAAAAAAUUUAUACAUGUGUGAAAGGCAGGGUGUAUAGUGGCUUAAUCGUCAAGUUUGUUUAAAUUGGAUAAAAACUCUGCUUCCUGAUACAUGUGAAACAGAGCAUAUGAUUGUUCGUCCGAGUGUAGAAGUUAUUUUUCCGGCAGUCAAUGCUCACUUCGACGAUUUGUUUUGAUAAGAAAGAAAGGGCAGGUCCGAUUCACAAGAUGGCGUCCAUGGCAAAGUAUGAGACCCGUUCGCCGGAUAAUGAAAAAGCCAAAAAAUACGAUCGCCAGCUACGGCUGUGGGGCGACCACGGUCAGUUCCUUCUUGAAAAUGCUCACGUCUGUCUCAUCAAUGCGACAGCUGUCGGAACUGAAACAUUGAAAGGCUUAGUUCUACCUGGAGUGGGGAAUUUCACUAUCAUAGAUGGCCAAUCUGUCAGUGGCGAAGAUGUGGGCAAAAAUUUCUUCCUAACGAAAGACUGUAUCGGCUUAAACCGUGGCGAAGCAGCCUGCAAGUUACUUCAAGAACUCAACCCCCACGUGCGAGGUCACGUUAUUGAUGAGGACUGUGAGAGUCUUUUGUCGACGAACCCCGAGGAGUUUUCCAGAUUCACUGUGGUCGUUGCUACUGGUCUCUCUGAAUCUACUCUGGUCAAGCUGAGUCGUCGGCUUCACGAAAUCGGUGUUCCUCUGCUGGUUUGCCGAGCCUAUGGUCAAAUUGGCUAUUUACGGCUGCAGACCCCGGAACACACCAUUGUCGAAGUUCGACCAGAUAAUGACUUCGACGACCUUCGGAUAUCGGCUCCUUUUGCUGGACUUCGAGAGUACGUCGAUUCCGUGAAACUCGAACAGCUCGAUAAAGCCAAGCACGCUCAUAUUCCUUAUAUUGUAAUUUUGCUUAAGGCUCUCGAUCGUUGGCAAGAAAAAAAUGGAACUGACCAACUACCUUCGGCUAGAGAUAAAGAGUUCAAAGAAAUCGUCAAUUCAAUGAGGUUUAAGCCAAAGCCCGAUGACGACAUACCUCAUGUCGAACCUCUAAAUUUCGAUCAGGCCUUAAAGUCACUGGGACGAGCAUUGCGUCCCCUUCAAGUUCCCGUAGAAAUAAAGACCUUGUUUAAGGAUCCUGCGUGUGAAAACCUGACUCCAGAGAGCUCACCAUUUUGGAUCAUGGUGCACGCCUUGCGAGAGUUUGUCAGUUCACAUGGCUAUUUGCCGCUUCGAGGUGCAAUACCAGAUAUGGUAUCAGAUACUGACAGUUACGUUGAACUGGCUAACAUUUACAAACGUGAGGCGGAUGCGCACGUCGAGGAAGUUUGGAAAAUGGUGGGAGACCUGAUAACGGAAUUAGGGAAGCCACAAAAUACAAUAUGUGAGCAAGACGUCCGGCUUCUAUGUAAGAAUGCUCAUACUUUGGCAGUUAUCCGGACGCGGCCAAUUUUUGAGGAACUAGAAACGCCCAACGCGCAGUACGUCUCACAGAAGUUGCAGGAUACCAGCUUAGUGGAAGAGCCUGAUAUCAUCUACUAUAUCUUAUUGCGAGCUGUUGACAGAUUUUAUGAGGAAUUCCGACGUUAUCCUGGUUUCUUCCGAGAUGAGCUGGAAACAGACAUUCAUAAGCUGAAGGCAAUCUUCAGUCGACUCGUGCAGGAGUGGGGUGUCGGCCCCCUCAGCAAGGAUGAUCUUAUACAUGAAAUGUGUCGUUUCGGGGCGUCUGAACUUCAUACUAUCGCCUCCGUUAUGGGUGGUUGCGCAGCUCAGGAGGUCAUUAAAAUUAUUACGCAUCAAUAUGUGCCGAUUAACAACACGUACGUCUUCAACGGAAUAACUUGCACGUCGGAAACCUAUGAGCUUUAAGCUAGGUCAGACUGCAAUCAUUCGCAUUCUUUUUUUAUGACAAGAUCUGACCUGGACAUGCACGCCCAUUUAUACAAAAAUGGGUGUGCUAUAUAUAUAUAUAUAUAGCGCAGAUUUUAUGGUGGUCAGGGUGGGUCAAGCUAAGCAUGCAGUAGAAAUUUUUCAUCAAAAAUCAUUUCAUAUUUGGGAAGCAGGACUUCGCGAGCGAAAAAGAAAGAACAAAACGAAUAGAUAUAAUAGAUUAGCUCCUAUCAACUUAUUACAAAGAAAACAGUAAUGAACGUCUCUUGCGCGUUUGCAUCGCUUAACAUGUUUAUUUGGUUGGCUUAACUUUGCUCCAGAACAUCAUCUAUCAAUUAGUUUGCAGAAAGAAAGCAUUUACAAGUUUAGCCUGGUUUUUCAUGCUAGCUACAUCCCAAGUUACUAAGAUAAAGGUAAGUUAAAUAAAUAAAGAUAAAAGCAAGGGGCUUUUAUAUAUAUAUCGUAUAAAUGGAGUAUUCUCGAAAGUUACACCUAUGUAAAUGUCGUUAAGUUUCUUAACGUUUUCUUGCAUGCGACACGUACGUGGUAAUUUUCAUUAGUUGACCAUGAUGGCAGUAACAAAUUGUAAAGGUGUUUAAAACAGGCAAAUUACGAAGAUACCAACGUUCUUGGGUGUUCUUUACAGCUGCCAGAAAUGCGUUUCAUAUACCUGUCAAAAAGCGCACUGUCUGUACGAAUGCAAACAGAACUAACGCAUGCUAAGGGCCUGUUUGAGUAAUCAAUGUGUAUAUAUAUCUUGUUCAACAAAUCAAGAACGCUGUAGAUGUAACGAUAACACUGUAAUAAAAAUAAAAAAAUAAACUUU